UACAUCAAUGGUGACCUGCAAUGGAUGAAAUUGACAGCAUCAAAAUUCAACAACAGCUCCCAAAAUGGAAGCUCUCUCGCAGCUGAGCAUUGCGCCCUUCCCUCGCCGCUUCCUCUCGCCUCCGCCGACCGCAAAGCCGCACUUCAAACCCAGCGCCGCCGUCAGCGGCGGCCCCACCACCAGCAGAUGGGCCGAUCGCCUCUUCGCCGACUUCCAAUUCCUCCCUUCCCCGUCGGAAACUUCAGACGCCGCAAUCUCUGCGCCGCCUCCGCCGCUUCCUUCUCUCCCGGAGCGACUGGUGUCAGUGCCACUGGAUUUCUACCGUGUGCUCGGAGCGGAGCCGCAUUUCCUCGGCGACGGCAUUCGCCGAGCCUACAACGCUAGGGUUUCGAUGCCGCCGCAGUAUGGUUACAGCGACGACGCUUUGAUUAGCCGGCGGCAGAUUCUCCAAGCGGCUUGCGAGACCCUUGCGAACUCCGGUUCUCGCAGGGAGUACAAUCAAGGGCUCGCCGAGGAUGAGUUUGAUACCAUUCUCACUCAAGUGCCCUGGGAUAAGGUUCCAGGAGCUUUGUGUGUGCUGCAAGAAGCUGGGGAAACAGAGCUGGUUCUUCAAAUUGGAGAGAGCUUGUUGAAAGAGAGGUUGCCCAAGUCAUUCAAGCAAGAUAUUUUGUUGUCAAUGGCGCUUGCUUAUGUUGAUUUAUCUAGGGAUGCCAUGGCAUUGUCACCUCCUGAUUUUAUUAGGGGCUGUGAAGUGCUUGAGAUGGCACUCAAGCUAUUGCAAGAAGAAGGUGCAAGCAACCUUGCCCCUGACUUGCAAGCACAAAUUGAUGAAACCCUAGAAGAAAUCAAUCCGAAGUGUGUUAUAGAGCUCCUAGCACUUCCACUGGAUGAUGAGUACCAGUCAAGAAGAAGACAGGGUCUUCAAGGUGUGCGGAAUGUUUUGUGGUCUGUUGGUGGUGGGGGAGCAGCUGCUGUGGCUGGAGGAUUCACACGUGAAGAUUUUAUGAACGAGGUUUUUUUGCGUAUGACUGCAGCAGAGCAGGUUGAUCUUUUUGCUGCCACACCACGUAACAUACCCGCAGAAAGUUUUGAAGCAUAUAAUGUGGCCCUUGCUUUAGUUUCCCAAGCCUUCUUAAGCAAAAAGCCCCAUCUCAUUCAAGAUGCUGACAACCUUUUUCAGCAACUUCAGCAAACCAGGAUUACUGCUAGUGGGAACUCCUCAACUGCCUAUGGCACCAGAGAAAAUCGUGAAAUAGACUUUGCACUUGAGAGGGGUCUUUGUUCUCUUCUUGUUGGUGAAGUAGAAGAAUGCCGUGCAUGGUUGGGAUUGGAUAAUGAAGAGUCACUUUACCGAGAUCAGUCGAUAAUUAACUUUGUUAUAGAACACUCUAGUGACGACAAUGAAGAUGAUCUCCUCCCUGGCCUCUGCAAACUAUUAGAGACAUGGUUGAUGGAAGUGGUAUUUCCUAGAUUUAGAGAGACCCAAGAUGUUAUAUUCAAGCUUGGAGAUUAUUAUGAUGAUCCUACGGUUUUGAGGUAUUUAGAGAAACUGGAAGGUCAGGGACGCUCACCCUUGGCUGCUGCUGCAGCUAUAGCAAGGAUUGGAGCUGAAGCUACAGCUGUGCUUGACAGUGUGAAGGUUAGUGCAAUUCAGGCACUGCAGAGAGUAUUUCCUCUUGGCAGUGGGGAAAAGAAUGUCAGACAUUAUCAGAAGAAUGAUAUCAAGAGUUAUGGUAUGCCGGUUGUGAGUGGAGAGACUGUAAUGGAUCUUGAUCAUGAUGACUCCCACAGGUUUGGAGUUCCGGAGAUUACUGGUCGUGAUGGACUGCAGCAACAAGAAAUUAUUACUAACAAUAUAAAAGAUGCAACUAUAAAGAUCAUGUGUGCCGGUGCUGCAGUUUGUCUCACGACUUUAGUGGGGUUGAAAUUCAUGUCAUAUCGCACUGGCUCUUCUGAUUUACAUAAAGACCCUAGCACAACUUCUGUGGCUUCCGAUGUCAUCAACGUAGGGGCCCCAGUCUUUGAAAAUUCUGAAGAAAUACCCCGAAUGGAUGCAAGAUUAGCAGAAAAUCUGGUGCGCAAGUGGCAAGCUGUUAAAUCUCUAGCGCUUGGUUCUGAUCAUUGUCUUGAAAAAUUAUCAGAGGUAUUGGAUGGUCAAAUGCUAAAGAUCUGGACUGACAGAGCUAUGGAAUUUGCUCAGCAUGGCUGGUUUUGGGAUUAUCAACUUCUGAGUCUUAAUAUUGAUAGCGUGACUGUGUCAGUUGAUGGUCGGCGUGCUAUUGUGGAAGCAACUCUUGAAGAGUCUGCACAGUUAACUGAUGGAGCUCACCCCGAGCAUAACGACUCAUACAAUACAACAUACACAACGCGGUAUGAGAUGUCGUUUGCAAAGUCAGGCUGGAAAAUUGUUGAGGGAGCUGUUCUCAAAUCAUAAACCCAUUGUUAACACUACUAACCUUUGUGUACAUGCGGUAUUUUGUAUAAUUUGCUGGCUAUUAAUGAAGGCUUAUGCUAUUACAGAGGGUGCAA